AUGGACAAUGUCGUCAUCGACCACCCACGACCAUUGACGAGCACCCAGGACGUGAAGACAACAUGGCAGAUGUGCCACGUCAUCCAGACAGUGACGACGCAUGCCAUCGUCACUGUCCAAGCUGAUCAGGGCACGACCACAACAGCACGACACCAAUGGGGACAAGGACAGUGCCACGUCACAACGCAAGCACGACCGCCCACCAACGUCAACAACCGCCCACGAAGACGACUGCCCAUGAAAGCGACCGCCCAUGAUGAUGACCGCCCAGCGCCCCAAAAACGACAAUGCGCCCAUGAACGACAACGCCCACCGCCCAAUUACAAUGACGACAAAUGGACGACAAGUGCCCAUGGACCCCCGUUGACAAAUGGAGACGACCGCUCACAAAAGUGA